CUUUUGGCAAAGAUUUGUGGCCCCCACGUCAACAACUGAUGCCAACGGGUGGCAAGUGGCACCUCCAUCAACCCUCAUUAGGCAAAGUGGAAACCCUGCCAAGCGACCUUCUCACCAAUUAAUUACAACAGCUUGGGAGCGUCUCGUUUGAAAGGAAAUCGAAGUAGCUACCCCCUUGGUCAACAAUGAUGGGAUCAAAGCAGAUGAGCACAGUCUGGUUGGUAGCCUUGGCGCUCAGUUCGGCAAGUGCCUUCCAACCGCUCGUUUCUCCCACGCAACGGCGCCACCAAGGACUGCAACAACCUGUUCAUCCUGGUUCUUUAUCUAGAACUACACGAGCUGUUUGGUCUCGUCAGCCGUCUCUUUUUCAAGCUUCUCCCGUUCAAGAUGACGAAGAUGAUCGGGCAGCCGCUUCCAGCGAGACCAAGCAGAAGACCAGACUGUCGAGAUUCCGCCAGCGUGUCUCUAAAUUUUUGAAGAAGAAACUAGUAGUGGCAGUCUUUGUCGGAUCUUCCAUUGCAGGUAUCUGGACACCCCGACCUGCUGAGGCAUCUGCUCCUGUCAUGGCAGUACCCAAGGCGGAGCAAAGAGAUCCCGCCACCGAUGCCUUGCUCAACCAUGAUCGCAAAAUGGUGGUGAAACAGCAACAAGAGUUGCAAGAGAUGAAUAAAAGGGCUCGUGAGAUUGAAGCCAGUGAAGGAACCGCUGCUCGGAGUAAGUUUGAAAAGGAAUACAAAGCACAAAAGGAGAAGGAAGCUCAGGAUCGUAUCGAUGCAGUAACCCAACUCAAACGAGACUUGCUGGAUCAGGGCAUGGAUCCGUUCACUACCAUUGAAGGACAACGACAAGUUAUCUUGGCAGAGAAGGGAGUUGACUUAGGAAAGGUACCUGGAACUAUGAUGUAUUUGCAAAAACAACUAGAAGGUGGAAAGAAGAUUGAAAAGAGUCUGCUGUACAAACAGGCUCCCAAUCGACGCGUGGUCAAGGCAAUGGUAGAGGAUAUGAAAAACAAAGGUCAAGAUCCAUUAGCAUACUUUGAUGAUCAUCAAGAACAGACACAAACAAUCAUGGCCAUGACCCCUGUUGCUGCUGCACAAUUGGCACAAAAGUACCAGGCCAACUUGGAACAAUACGACAAAUCAAUGUGCCAAGGAGAGAAAUGA